AUGGAUGACGCCGCCAAAACCGUCGAGAAGCUCAAGUUGCUGUUUGGAGCUGCCGUAUCCAUCUUCCGACGCAGAUAUCAUUGCUUCCAGGCAACCAAAGAAGAUAGUGAUGAUUAUCUGGCAUACUCGUGCAAGGUUAACAAAGCUUGUGUUGAUUUUAGGCUGUCGGAAUUGACUGAGGAACAAUUCAAGUGCUUCAUCUUGGUCAGUGGCCUCAAGUCAAAGGACGACGCAGAAAUUCGGAUACGCCUGUACGACUUCGACAUUCGCUACAUUUCCACGGACAGCUUUGGACAUGCCGAUGUACUGUCACGUCUCAUUAACAGCAACAUUCGGCCAGAGGAGGAGUUCGUGAUUGCAACCAUGGAAAACUGGAGUCGAUGGCACAUUGCAGCAAGUUAUCCGUCACGUCACAACGGAUGGCCUACGAAGAAGACGUGCAUUUCGGACUCGCAAAUUCAGCAGUUGUACCUGCGCCGUGAUGCCCUGUCAGUUGUCGAAGAAUGCUUGAUGUAUGGAGAACGAGUGGUGAUUCCGCAAGCUUACCGUAAACGAGUGUUGCAGCAGCUGCACAAGGGGCACCCUGGUGUGGAACGUAUGCGAUCGAUUGCACGCCAGUAUGUCUUUUGGCCCAACAUCGACGACGACGUUGCCAAAACUGUUGGGAAGUGUAACGAUUGUGCCAGCGUAGCGAAGACCGACCGGAAGACUAACCUGGAAUCCUGGCCAUCUCCGGAAAAGUCAUGGCAGCGAGUACAUCUGAAUUACGCCGGUCCUGUUGGAGGGCAAUACUAUCUCAUCCUGGUGGACGCUUUCUCAAAGUGGCCCGAGGUUAUCCAGACGAAGGACAUCACCACUGCAGUUACCUUACGCAUGCUUCGGGGUAUUUUCGCCAGAUUUGGAUACCCGGAAACACUGGUCACGGAUAAUGGGACUCAAUUUACCAGCGAGCAAUUCGAGUCCUUCUGUUGCAGCAAUGCCUUCAUUCAUCUGAGAGCAGCACUGUUUCAUCCGCAAAGCAACGGGUCAACGCCCUGUCGCAACGCUCCUGAUGGGAAAUUUCCUGCCGAGGUUCUGCUUGGCCGAACAGUUCGCCCAUCACUAGAGCUGCUUCGUCCACCUACACCGAUAAACAUAUCCGAAAACACCAUCCAAGAAGAACAGUUCAACCGCAAACACGGAACAAAGGAAAGGCGCUAUCAUCCUCAGGACUCCGUGUGGGCCAAGGUGUUCCGGAACAACAAGUGGUACUGGGAAGCCGGUACUGUGAUCGACCGUCUUGGGAAGGUGAUGUAUAACAUCUGGUUACCGGAGAAGAAGUCCUUGAUCCGGUCUCACUGUAAUCAAAUGCGAAGUCGUCAUCAACCAGAGCAUCAGGGCACGGAAGCAGUGGAGGUCCAGAUUCCGCUCAACAUUCUCCUAGAAAGCUGCAACCUACCAGGUGCAGUGUCACAGGCGGACGUUGGGGCUGAAGUUUUGUCACCAGAACUACCAAAUAAACAGAUGCCGACUCAAGGUCAACCCCAGAGCAAUCCUCAAGAGCAACAACCGAUGCUUCGUAAGUCUUCACGGAUUCGAAGACCACCCACGAGGUAUGAGCCGUAUCAACUCUAA